ACAGUUCGCUUUGAUCUAUCACAGCUUGUAAAUUAGCUUGGAAUAAUGGCCUUUAAGAUUUUCGUUGCAUUCACAUGUUGCCUGGCACUGGCUGUGGUUAGCGCCUCGCCAUAUGGACACCAUGGCCACGGUCAUGAGGAUCACAGCGCUUCCAGUCACGCCUCUGUACAUUUGGUCUCACAUGACGAUCAUCAUGACCACCAUGAUCAUCAUGGACAUGGACAUGGAGAUGAUGAUGGUCAUGACUCGCAUGCUGAGUACCACUUCAACUAUGGCGUUAAGGACAAGAAAACAGGCGAUGUGAAGGAGCACAGCGAGCAUCGAGAUGGUCAUAAAGUAUCCGGACACUACGAGUUGCUCGAUGCGGAUGGUCAUAAGCGAACUGUCCACUAUACAGCUGAUAAGCACAGUGGCUUCCAUGCUGUUGUACAUCGUGAACCCACACAUCAUCACGUUGCUGAUCAUGGCCACACCAGCUAUCACGGUGGACACGCUGAGGUCGAAUCCCACGAUGGUGGACAUGAUGAAGGACAUGGUCAUGGACAUGACUAUGGACAUGGACAUGGACAUGAACAUGGUCAUGGUCAUGGUCACUCCAGUGGUUUCUCCAUUAAGCAAGAACAUGGUGUUGCUUUCCAUCAUCAUGGCGGUCACGAAAGUGGGCAUGGUCAUGGUCAUGGUCACUCCAGUGGUUUCUCCAUUAAGCAAGAACAUGGUGUUGCUUUCCAUCAUCAUGGCGGUCACGAAAGUGGGCAUGGUCAUGGUCAUGGUCAUUAAUGGGGCUGAAUUGAAGGUUAAUUGCUUACGACGAUUAUGGACUGAUAUUUGUUUUUUGUUUGAUAGAAAAAAUUCCUUGUUUCCAAACUUAGAUAUACUUAUUAUUAAUAA